AUGGGAAUUCCUCUUAAUCAAGUACGUAUGAAUUAUGGAAGUUAUAGUCCUAUGUUUGAGAAAAAAAUGAUCGAGGAAAAUCUUCCGGACGGAUACUGGGUUGAAGCUUUUCAAGUAGACAAUAAAAAUUCUGUUGGAUUGGUAGCCUAUGGACUUAGUAGUGGAGAUAUAUAUCUUUAUGAAAAUGUAUCCACAAUUAAAGCAUCAGGAAAGCGUACUCUUAUUCAAAAACUAGAUGGUCCUGUGGCCAUGGAUCAGGCUGAUAUAACAGGAAAUGGCAUGAAUGACAUUAUUAUUUGCUUUCAAUAUGGUAAUACAAUGCUAGACACUGAUCCCGAAGGAGGAAAGAUCGUAUGGUUGGAAAAUCCUGGGCAGAAUAUCGAUAAAAAACAGUGGAAAAUGCAUUACGUUGGAAAAUCUACAGCUAUGCAUAGACUUAAAGUUGGCCAUUUUACACAAACGAAACGUUGGGAAAUUAUAGGUUUACCUAUUGUCGGUAAGCCAUAUGAUUUACUCUCACCAGUGCCUGUAAUAUUAUUCCGACAACCCGAUAACAUCUACGAUGCUACAGAAUGGCCUCAUGAAAUAAUUAAUCAACAAUUUUUUCAUUUAAUUCAUGAUGCUAAACAAUUCAAUGAUAAUCAAUUAGAUAAUCUUCUUAUUGCAUCAAGCGAGGGUAUUAAUUGGCUAUAUUUUAAUCAAAACUUACGACAAUGGACGAUUAAGCAUAUUGGGGAUGGUGAACAGGAACAAAAACAACAAACAACUUACUACGGCAGUGGUGGCAUUGAUAUGGGACGAGUCGGAAACGAUUCUUUUGCUUAUAUGCCUGCUGUCGAACCUUUUCAUGGAAAUGUCAUUUCUGUUUACACUAAAAACGAGAAUAAUUCUUCGGAACAAGCCCCACGGAAAAGAUAUGUACUGGAUAUUUAUGGAAAUCCUAAUGAAAAUGGCGAAGGUCCAGCUCACCAUCUCGUUUGUGCUGACUUUGACAAAGAUGGAGACGAUGAAUUCUUAGUUGCACUUCGUGGACCAUCGCCAAAUCAAGGUGUCUACUUUUAUAAACCAAUCGAUAUCUCUCGUGGUUUAUUUGCCAAAUGGAAAGUUAGUGACGAUUCGGCUGCCAGAAUUGCUGUUGCUGACUUUGACAAUGAUGGCUUUCUUGACUUUGCAACAAUUAGCUACAAUGUUCCAGGUUAUUAUACAGCAGAAAAUCCGUCUAUUAACAUCUUUUAUAAUCGAUUCGCUCAGCAGAUGCUACCAGAUAAAAAUGAAAUACAGGUACUGAAGCAAAACAAUGAUCUUUUAUUCAAAGUUCCAAGACCAAACAAAGCAUUACAAUAUCAAGAACUACCAUUUAUUACAAUGAACGGCAUAGUUUUCUCAUUAGCAAUUGUACCACCUCAUAGUUCACGUCAAGUAGACAACAAUACAUAUAUCAAAGUUAUGGAUGGGAUUAUAAUGUGGACUGAUUCUUCGAAAGGAUCACACCAACGGGUUACCCAAUCACGUCAACUUCUGUCUGAACCAAGAACUGUUGUAACUCUUGAGAUACACAGCGAAAAUCAAAGAAUUAGAACUGGCAACGAAGGUGCUCUUUUGAUGAUAUUCAAAACACCUGGCAACAUAAAUGAUGCUCAAAGAAUUGAUGAUAUGAAAAAAGUGAUCAUUGACAACUCAUUACCAGAAUCCUAUCCUGAAGACACACGUCAACUUGAUUUUCAAUUUAUCCGGUAUGAUAAAUUGGAUUCGAGCGCACACUUCAAAGAUCUUGAAUUUUACAAUAUGAAAGGUUUCAGGAUAGAUUUUAUUGAUAACGAUGAACAUAUUUGCUACAUACAACUAUGGGCUGCUGGACAAGGCGUUAAUGCAGGUGUACACAAUCAUGAGAAGAAUACAUUCUGCGAAGUUCAUGUAUGCAUUAUCAAUGGAAGUGGAAAAGGUGGCAUGCACUAUCUGAAUAGCUCCAAAGAAGUUUACAAUCCACUUACUACACCGGACUCGGCAUUCGAACAGCUAGUACUGCCAACAUUUUAUGAACAUGGUCCUCUAUGGGAUAUCGAUGCACAAAACAAACCAGUUUUAAGAAAUGAUAGCACCGUAGUUUAUCCUUGGCACAAAUGGCAAGCUGGUAUAAAUACAUCGUUCAAUGAAUCAUUCGAUAUUUGGGUAGUUUUAGAAUUCAACAGUCAACUCGCAAUACUGUCUGCCUCUAAUCAAUCAACGUUGCCUCUUCCUAAUGAAUCAAAACAAACAUUCAUUCCAAAUAUGUUGAACACAUUUAUUGCAAUCCUUAUCGUUUAUAUUCACUACUGA